CGAGGUCGGUCAAGGCCGAAUGGAAUCGUUGGAUCGGAGUCUCGACACCUUCGGUACGGCCGGGAUGACAGACGGCACGGCCACGUGGUUAUCACGCCUCAUGGAGAAUGCUACCAGCAGCACGCUCAUCGACGAAGAACUGUCAAGAUUCCCGAAACCCUUGAGGACCUUCGCUGCAGUAGUCGCGAUCAUCAUCAUGAUUAUUGGCCUAAUUGGCAAUCUACUGACUAUCAUCGCUUUGUGCAAAUAUCCCAAAGUCCGCAAUGUCGCCGCCGCCUUUAUCAUAAGCCUGUGCGUCGCGGACUUCGUGUUUUGUCUGCUGGUGCUGCCGUUCGACUCCAUCAGGUUCAUCAACGCCAGCUGGGCGGACGUAGGAUUCCUGUGCGUGCUGGUGCCCUUUCUGCGCUACGGAAAUGUCGGCGUCAGUCUUCUGUCCGUCGCGGCUAUCACUAUCAAUAGGUACAUCAUGAUAGCUCACCAUGCGAUAUACAGCAAGGUCUACAAGAAGUACUGGAUCGCCGCGAUGAUAAUCUUCUGCUGGGUAUUCUCCUAUGGGAUGCAGAUACCUACGUUGUUGAAAGUGUGGGGCAAAUUCGACUACGAUCCUAAUCUGGAAACCUGUUCUAUCGUCAAGGAUAGUUACGGCCGCACCUCCAAGACGUUCCUUUUCGUCAUGGGCUUCUUGAUACCCUGCGUAGUAAUAGUCGGCUGUUACGCCAAGAUAUUCUGGGUGGUGCACAAAUCCGAAUCGAGAAUGCGAAAACACGCGACACCGACCAUCAAGUCACCUCACACCCCCGGGAGGGACAUCAAGGAAAUCAAGCAGAAGCGCAGCGAGUGGAGGAUCACCAAGAUGGUACUGGUGAUUUUCCUCAGUUUCCUCGCGUGUUACCUGCCGAUCACCAUCGUCAAGGUAGCUGACCCGGAAGUCAGAUAUCCUGAGUUUCAUGUUUUGGGAUACCUGCUGCUAUACUUCGCGUCAUGCGUGAAUCCGAUCAUCUACGUAAUCAUGAACAAGCAGUACCGGCAGGCGUACGCCGGCGCGAUCGGCUGCUCAUGGAUCAGGGUGAGCCUGACGCCGUACGGUAGCAGUGCGCCGGGUGGCGGUCUUCAGGCUCAGCAGGACUUCGCCCAAGGUAACUUCGAGCACCGUCACGUGGUAACUCUCACCAAGCUCUGACCGAACGCGAGCUAAGCGACCAUUCGCUCACUUUACUAUUCAAAGGACUUCAGCAAAACGAUGGUGUCAACGGUCUCUAUCGCCAUGAACCCUGUGAGAAAUUCGCAGUUCCAGGAGGAGCCGUGAAGGAUCGAGUCGGUAGCUGAUGUCGGCGACUUGAAGAGGACAGAUGUCUCUUGUCGCAGGAAGAAGAGAUGGAAAGAAAAUAGGAGGAAGGAGCUGAGAUAUGCUCGUAACAGCAAGACUGUGUUACCGAGCCCUUUUUUCA